AUGGGUGCGCAGGUGCAGAACUCUACCCCCAUCACCACCAGUGCAUCCCUUUCUGCUCCACUCUAUUUCAGCAGGCGUUUGUUUGAGCUUGUCCUCCUUUCCUUGCUGCGUCCCCGCGUAUACGCCAACAACACCUUCACCGCGACACUCGCCCCUCUUCGCGCGAGCGCCACCGACACGCUCGAACACGCACACCACAUCCUCCACCACCACCAUGUCCCGCCUACAACACAGAUCAGUUUGUCGACGAUGAAGAGGAGGAAUGCUGCCCACUAUAUAUGCCAAUUCUGCUACAACAACAUCAAGACCACGAUGAACGGCCUGUGUCCCGCCUGCCGUCGGCCGUACGAUGACUCCACCAUUGAGUGGAAGACCAUCUCACCAGAAGAACACAAGCAGCAGAUUGCGCAGAAAGCCAAGAAGAACGCCCAGAUACGGCAAAAGGAGGCGCAGAAGGCUGAAGCCGACUCUCUUAGUCGCAAGCAUCUUGCCGGCCUGCGCGUCGUCCAGAAGAACCUCGUCUACGUGACUGGACUCACACCAACGAUCCGCGAAGACCGCCUACUCGACACGCUACGCGGCCCCGAGUACUUUGGACAGUAUGGCAAGAUCAUUAAGAUUGUCGUUAGCAAGGCUAGGGAGAAUGCGCAACAUCAACAGUCGGUGGGUGUCUACGUGACAUUCGCUCGUAAGGAAGAUGCCGAGCAAUGUAUCAAAGCCGUUGACGGCUCUUCCAAUGGCGACAGGCAACUACGGUCACCACUGCAAGCUGGGGGAACAAAGCAGUGCUUGAACGGCGGGUCAAGCCGCUCCACCAUUGCAUCAAAUCCGAGUCCAUUAGUCACCAAUGCCAUUCCCGCACAGGUCGCGAAAGCUGCGAAGGCAGAAGAAACACCAAAGAAGAAGGGUAAAGAGAAGGAAAAGAAAGAGGAGAGGGAGAAGGAGAAGGAGAAGUCUGCACCAACCUCAAAUGCUGCGUUCACAGAGGAAGAGCUCAAGGCCAUCACUGAGUUUCCGUCACUGCUAGACCCACAUGGCGGGGCUAGGCGCCGCGCUAUGAGGGAAAAGGAGAACGAGCUGGCCCUUCAUGGAGAGGCAGAAACAGAAGUCAAGGUACCCUCGCAAUCAGCGCUCGCUCCAGAACGCGAGGACAAUGAAGCGACUGCUGGCGGUAGCUUACAGCUUGGUGGCGAGCCAGAAGACGGUAUCGACAACAGUGCAGGUCAUUUGAACCACCACGCAAUCGCGCCCCCUGGACAACAAGGCUUCGCGGGCAGCCUUUUCGGACAGACCAAUGCGUUGACGGAGGACUUUAGCAGCCUCGGACUCAGCAAUCGGGGCUUGACGACUCAACAACAGCAACAGCUGCUUCUUUCCAACUUUAAGUCAAACCAACAGCCCACUGGUCCUCUAGCCGCUUCGCAAAGUCUUCAGAAUCAGCAGCACGGUCUAACCACCAACGCACCAGGCCACACUCGUCAGACAUCCCGCUUUAGCUUUGCAAACGACAGCGCGUCCGCCUCCGCAAAUGUACAGCCCGUUGCGAACCAGAAGCUGAUGAGUCAGCAAAAUUCUAUGAUGCCCAAGAACGCAAACCACUUCGGCCAGAUUCCCCAGCACCAAGCUCUGGGCGGUCAGUUCUUCGCCAAUGUGCAGGGGCCACCUCCAGGACUGAAGCCUACCGGAACACCACCUGUUGGUGGGACCAGCAUGUUCGGCCAAGGCCAUGGAUUUGCAACCGGCGGUCUUGGCUAUGGCGCAAACGCUGCUGGUAGAAACAACGGCGACACAAUGUACCAAGACUUGCUUCGAAGCAGGAACAUGGACGGUGCUUCGAGGGUAGCUGAUGGAAAGCGUGAGUCAAUGUUUCCUUCUUUUCUUAAUCAACACUCCGCAAACUCAACGCCUGCCCCUGCCCCUGGCCUAAUGCCAUUCCCUUAUGGUCCCUCGCCUGGCGCUUACCAGGAUUCUGGUUCGCAGAAAUCCAAGAAGAAGGGCAAAAAACACAGGCAUGCUAACACUUCCUCUUCUGGAGGCGGUGGCCUAGCAGAUGUCCAAGACCCGAGUAUCUUGCAGGCGAGGCUCCAUCAAGGUGGUAUGGCUGGACAGGGUAUGUACGGCCAAGGUCAAGGCGGCUUCUCCUCCCUCUAUGCAAACAACAACUACAACGGUGCCGGACGGUGGUAUGCUGGAUUGGGCACGUCGACAUGGCAUCAUACCACCAUCAUAAUCAUGUUUUCUUUUCUUCAUUAUACUGGGCGGGAGUCAUGCUGCUUUGCCAGACGUCUAGGUCAGCUUCUCUCGUCGUCUUCGUCAUGGCCAUCGCAUCUGUGUACAGAUGAUGCGACUUUCAGCGCCGAAGAGCAAGCUUCGUUCAACGUCGAUGCCCUUGUCAACGACACGGAACCUGAACUUGAGCCACCGCGUAGCAUACCCAGCACACCUAUGAGCAGCCACUUCUUCACACAGUCGCGGCGAGCAACCCCGACGAUACCACCGGGUUUCUCCGCUACUGCAAUUCCCCGAGCUAUAGUUGAAGAAUCGAAGUCCCGUCCGAGUUCACGACCCAUGUCCAGAACUACUUCGUCUACUAUCACGCCCGCGGUCCCCGUCGUGCCUGUCACGCCAGCCAAGAACAAGAAAACGAAACAGCCAGUAGAAGCCCCCCCAGCGAUUACGACCCAGGUCAAAGCGACACCAGAGACUCCAACCAAAGUGACGGGCAAAGCAAGCACGGUAAAGACGCCAACCGUUGGUGUGCCCACGCCCAAGGCCGUAGAAGUCACUCCCAUUCAGAAGAAGCAACAGCCAAAGGCAGAAGAAAAGAAGCCGACCCCAGAAACACCAGGGAAAGAGUCGGUAAAAGGGAAAGCGCCUAAGAAGAAUGCUUCUAGCCAGGACACUAGUCCCCAGAAGAAGACUGCAAAGGCAUCUGCAGUAGAGAGCAAGGAACCCACAACCGCUCCAUUCGCGACUCCUGUCGCCUCUACCAAGCGGCAGCCACCAGGGAAACUAGAUAUAACAGCAGCAAGUCAGAGUCCCGCAGGCGAACAGUCUCCAGCGACGAGCUCACAGAAGGCCGACGCUCAGGUCAAGAGUACUCGCGCGACGCCUGUAACUUCAACAACAUCUGUCCCCGCAAGUCCCGCUGCCGCGGCCACUGGAUCGCCCAUCAAGCGAACCGUGGCACCGAGGACUUUACGUGUCGUUCCAACACCAAAAACCGAGAACCCUCCACCUUUGUCUGCGGCCUCUGCACCGCCAUUACCUCAAAUCUCGACGGUCGACAAACUACGAUCUAGACAGGCUAGUAUCGCAUCUAUGAAUCUGCCUGGUACACCAAUCAGCGAGAUGAUGUCUGAUACAGCAUCGGUCACGUCGACAUCUUUUUCAAGAGCCAACUCCCCGCCACCUAUUGGUGGGAAGGUGGGAACAGCACCGGUGCGCAAGAAGACCAAAUCACAAGCUAAGAAAGACCGACAAGAACGGAAGAAGCAAAUAGAGGAAGAGAUGGCUAUUGAGGAGAAUAAGUCGGAUGUCGAAGUGAUACAAGCGCCGAUUAUUGGGCGCAAGAAGAAGACUAAAAAACCAACGACCAUACCUAAGUCACUCACCAAGAGUCAACCUGCAUCCCCAAAGCCCGCAAUGGUCGAAGAAGUCUACUCAGAUGCACCCGCGCCUGUGGUCGCAGCAAGACCAGCACCCUCGCCCAAGACUUCUGCCACCGCAACACCAGACCCGGAGCAUUUCCCUGAUUCGAAAGAGAGGAGGGAGUGCACAGCACAGUCCAUCAUGGUCGAUCUACAAAAGACAGGCGAGCUUCUUGCAUCAACCCUCGAGUUCUUCAAGCCACUUUCUUCGUCGCUCACUCAUGCAUCUCGAACUACCCCAGCUAGUAGCGUAUCUGGACCCCCGGAUCUGAAGAUCCACUUUUCAGAAGCAGAUCUCGAGGCACUUGCGAAGAAGAAGCCUGUGCGUCUCAAUGGUCACGAUGAUAGGUCCGAUUCAAGAACCCUCAUAACACCAAAUGGGAAGUUCUUUUGGGGUCUGAGCGAAGAGCUAGAGGAGAAGGCUCUCCAACUCGAGCGACAGAUUGAGGAGUUGCGUGGACACGCGCGCUUCCAUCCUCGCAAGCAUCCAUCUUACCCACAUUCCCACAAUGCUGCUACCUCGCAGAAUAAAGACGUAUUACCUGCCAUUGCUACAGCACUCAAGGAAGCCGGCAAGAAGCUUGGCAACAACAACACCCAGCAAAUGCCCAGAUUAGACGCCCAGUCUAUCCUCAACGAAGCAGCUCGCGAAGCUGCCCGUCAAGCUGAACGCCUGCCCUUGCCUCCAGUCCAACAACAACAAGAAUCCCAGCAACCCCCUCCUCCGCCACAGCCACAAACCCCGGCAGACGCUGGCUCAUACCUCAACCAUUUCGUUCUCCCCAAAACCGACAAUCCGCCCCCGAACCAGCCUCGCCCUGAGAUGGCGGCUGUAGGCGGUCCACCAGGCGCAGGUACAGCCAAUAUCUCCGUCAACGUGGGCAAAUUCGCCAAAGCAGCCAAAGCCGUCGUCGAAGGUGGCGCAGUCGGCAGCACCGAAAUCGACGGCAUGGGCAUGAUGGCCGCGGACCUCCUCGGCGGCGUCUUCGUCCAAGGCCUGGAAGCGCUCGUCGGCGCUGGUCUGGGUUUCGAAUCAAGUCAGGAGUUUGGCUUGGACUCCAAUGGCAACAUUACUAUUGGUCGAGGUGGCGCCGUUGGUGGUGGGUUGAAUAUGGAGGGCUUGAUGAGUGCGAUCGAAGGGUUUGACGGGAGUCGGUAUGGACGCGGGAGCGUGAUGAGUAUGGAAGAGGCGGAAAGGGCGAUGCAUGCGGCAAAAAGGGAACAUGAGGUGUUGGAGAAGAAGUUGGCGGCGCUGAUGAAGAAGAAUAAGAAGUUGUUUGGUGGGGUUGGCAGGUAG